ACCGGCUAAUGAUCGCGACUGGCAAAGGCUGAAACAUUAGAAACCCCAUGGACAACUGACGGCACACUGGUACAGUACAUAUCGAUAUUUUGGCAACCCUGGCCACGCAUACCAUGUUGUUCAUGAUCAGAUGAACGGGAUGAACUCACAAUCUCCGCACAUCUUCCCCACGUUUAAUUUGGCAUCCUUCGCUGAGCCAUGGAUAGUCUCAAUGUCUCCGACUUGGUGGCGCGACUCGGCGCAGAGGAGGAGUCGAUACGCAAAAUGGCAGUCUUCAGGCUGCAAAGUGCCAUUGGAGAUCCUUCUUUCGCAGAUGUCUUCAUAUACGAAGGAGGCCUACCCAAGCUCAGAUUCCUAGCCCUACAUGCCACAGGAAACACCUUGGCCUAUUGUCUCACGUCUCUGGCGCGCCUGCUGGAGCUCGACAAGGGCUGGGACCAUGUGACGGACGAUUUGAUCACAAGAAUAGUCGAUCUCGUAGUCGCGCAACCGCUCGUGAAUGUAAAUCGGGGCGCCAUGUCCGUCCUCGCAGCCAUUGUCGGUCACCCCUCGCAUCGCAAUUCCCAGCCCGGCGUCACUGGCUUCCAACGAUUGAGACCAGCAGUCGAUACCCAGCCACAGUUCCUUCCCUCACUCGUCGAAAAAAUAACCUCGGCGGACCACGCGCUAUGUGCAAACUCUCUGCAGCUGAUCAAUGCACUUAUGCGCGACGCAAUCGCCAAUGACGCCGACUUCGAGUGGCCCAAAUUCAUAAAGCAGCUGCAAGAGCUGGGCGUGAUAAAGAGCGUAUACGGGCUCAUGCAGAGUUCCGCCAUACAGGACCUGGCACAUCCAUUGCUAGACUUCCAGUCGCUGACAAAAAUCUUGCUGAGGAACUGGAGGGAGGAGAAGGUUGAUUUGGAGAAGUCAGAUCAUCGGAGAGCCCUUCGCGGCUUGCACACUGCAAGCAACCCCGACAAUUCAGCAUCGGAUCCAAAAGGAAGCAAGAAGCAGAAUCCAGUAAAGUGGAGGCGACUAGGUUUCGACACCGAGUCACCAGCCUGGGAGUUUGAUGCAACCGGCUUCUUGGGCCUAAUGGAUCUGACGGACUUUGUCUACAAAAACGAAGACGGUUUCCAGAAGCUGUUGCUGGAACAAUCAGCGGAGUCGCUCGAAGAGCGGUGCCCAAUAGCCCGCGCCUCUCUCUCCGUUACCUUGAUUCUUUAUGAGCACUUCGAGGUGGACAGAUGCGAUGAUGUCGAGUCGCAUAGAUACACAGCACUCGAGUCUCGGUCCAACUUUGACCGAGCGUUCAAGCCUCUGUUGCUCCAUUGGUCAAGACUGCACACGUGUGGUUUGAACGCCUUUAUACGGUUGUGGAAGGUCGCAGGCGCGCAGACGGAAGACUUUGAGAAGAUGGAAGACUUGGUUCGGAUCCUAGUCGAACAAAUUGUGGGCCAAGCGCCACGUACGAAAGAGAUCAAGGAUGUUGAAGAGGAGCUGGCAGAAUUUGAACUCAAGCGGCUUAGAGAGCUUCAGAUGGAACUUCUUGAACUCACGUAUGAAGAUGCAUGGGGCCACCAUCUGCGCCAAGUCCGCGAUGAACUCAACCAUGAAGCUCUCCAGUUCGUCAAAGAGCAACGCAUCAGAUGUCUGCUACAAGGGGCAUGGUUCCCCAUCGGUGUGAACUACGGCUCAGAUGCUGGUCCAGUAACCAGCAAGACCCUUGAUCGUUCUGUACCCUCAGCGUGGCGUUUUGUGCGACUGUCACACAACCGACGAUAUCUGCACUAUGCUGACUUGGACGGAAAAACAGCUACAGAGCCGAGGCUUGAUGCGCUGCAAGAGAAGAUCGAUCUCUCCAUCGUAUCGUCUGUGGUGAGCAAUGUCUCGGCAUCGGCCCCGUCCACCUCAUCAUCUGACAGCACGGUCACAACUUUGCCAGGCCAGCGUGCACCUACAUCAACCAAAAUCACCAUCCACGGUUACUUGCCUCAAGCCCACCACUCGCGGCAAACCUCUGGUGGCUCAGGCGCCGGGCGAAAGGAAUCAGUAUUGUUGCAUUUACACCCGCAAAGCCACACUCUUGCGUCUGAGUGGCUUGAUGGACUGCUGAUGCUGCUUAACCAACAACCAAUUACCGCAGACACGAACAAGCUGGUCCACUUCAUUGGCGGCUACGGACUUAAGAUCCGCCUCCUCAAUGUUCGGUUCGAGGAGGUCGGGUUGGAAGAGCCGAUACUUCCAAGCCGCGAAGGGCUUGACGAUGAGUAUUAUUACGAUAUAGCGGGAGUUUGAGUGAGACUACGGGAGAAUCUCUAUUCAUAGAUGACAUGUUCCUAGGUGGACACGAAUCUUAUACACUUUUGGAAGGGAUAGAUCAUCAGGUACCACAGAAACCCCCCUUUUUUUUUGACACGGCAAUGCAGAUGGAAUAUGGAGUUGUAGGCGAUUUAGGAAGGUGGCGAUGCGUGUCGGGUGUUGGAGCUGGACGCUGUACUUCUCUUGAGAUACCCUUGCUUCUACUUCUGCAAUCAGACGACGUUUGUAAAGGCAAGGUGUUCCCAUGAAUGGCUUGCAUGCAGCGCGUACGUGUUCCUCAGCUCUGCGUGGUUACACGACGUAUGCCUGCUACGUUGCACAAAGAGUGUGGCAGUCUGUACGAAUAUGAAUCGUCACAC